AUGGGGCGCCUAAAAACCGAGCAAAAACAGAAAAGUUGGAGCGAGAUUAACAAAAUCCGCAAGGAGGAGAAGCGCAAAUGGAAGGAGCAAAACCUGGCGAAAAAAUUAGAGAAGCAGAAAGUGCCAGAAACCCCCCAAGUGUCCCCCAACAAAAAGGCGCCCCCCACUGUCUCAAUCGCCGUCCCUGGCUCAAUCCUCGAAACGGCCCAGUCCCCCGAACUCCGCGCCUACUUAUCGGGCCAAAUCGCCCGUGCAGCUUGUAUUUUCCAAGUUGACGAAAUUGUAGUUUUUGACGAUUAUGGUGACGAAUCAACGGCUAAAAAAGCCGAACUGGAGGACAACUACGGGCUGAAAACAAUGCGCGAGAGUUGUGUGCAACUGGGGCGCAUUUUGCAGUACAUGGAGUGUCCUCAGUACUUGCGCAAGCAUUUUUUUCCCAUUCAUAAUCAUUUGAAAUUUUGCGGGAUUUUGAAUCCGCUAAAUGCGCCCCAUCAUCUGACGAAGGACGAGGAGUUUGAGUUUAGGGAAGGGGUGGUUUUGAAUAAACCGGUGAAGCCGGGACGGGGCUCAAUUGUGAAUGUGGGGCUGUUGAAGGAAGUACAUGUUGAUAAGUUGCUAACACCUGGGAUAAGGUGUACUGUUAAGUUGUCAGCACAACAGGAAUCGAGCAAAAAGUUGAAAGGGACGGUUGUGGCCCCCUCGACCCCGAAAAGCGAAACGGGGGUUUACUGGGGGUACACUAUCAGGUUGGCUAAUUCGUUGUCGAAAGUUUUUUCGCAAAGUCCCUACAAGGAUGGUUAUGAUCUGACUAUAGGCACUUCAGAUAAAGGAACCUCCGUUGAUGAAUUCAAAUGCCCCACUUUUAAGCACGUUUUAGUUGUUUUUGGUGGGGUCCAAGGACUGGAACUGGCGUUAGAGAGUGACAGUGUUUUAAAUGUGGAUGAUCCAAAAUUUCUUUUUGAUCAUUAUUUAAACACUUUGCCCAACCAAGGAUCCAAAACAAUAAGGACCGAAGAAGCCAUUUUAGUGACCUUGGCCGCCUUGAGACCCAAAUUUAAUGAUAGUGUUGAAGUGAAUGAAUAAAUAAGUUUUGUAAUGUUUUACAAUAAAAAUAUUUUAAGUAAGAA